AUGUCCGAAGCAGAUCUUCUUCAACCAGGAAAUAUAGUUCGAGAUCGAUGGAAAGUUACCACUAAAAUCGGGGGUGGUGGCUUUGGUCAGAUCUAUGAAGCCUAUGAUCUUGUUACCAAAGAGAAUGUUGCACUUAAACUUGAAUCAGCUAAACAGGCUAAACAAGUACUCAAAAUGGAAGUAACAGUUUUACGUCGAUUGCAAGGCAAAGAUCAUGUAUGCAAAUUUUUGGGUGGUGGAACCAAUGAGCUAUAUAAUUAUGUUGUGAUGACUUUACAAGGAAAAAAUUUAGCUGAAUUACGUCGUAGUCAAACCCGACAAUGUUUUAGUUUAUCAACAUCAUUACGUAUUAGUUUACAAAUUCUUCAAGCUAUUGAAUCGAUUCAUUCAAUUGGUUUUCUACAUCGAGAUAUUAAACCAUCGAAUUUUUCUAUGGGACGAUUACCGACGACAUGUCGAAAAGUUUUCAUGUUAGAUUUUGGUCUUGCAAGAAAAUAUACGAAUGCUGAAGGUGGUGUUCGAGCAGCUCGACCACAAGCAGGCUUUCGUGGAACUGUACGAUAUGCUUCAGUAAAUGCACAUAAAAAUAAGGAAAUGGGUCGACAUGAUGAUUUAUGGAGUUUAUUCUAUAUGCUUAUUGAAUUUGUCACUGGACAAUUGCCAUGGAGAAGAAUUAAAGAUAAAGAACAAGUCGGACAAAUGAAAGAAAAAUAUGAUCAUGCAAUUUUCUUGAAAAGUCUUCCAUCGGAAUUCAAACAAUUUCUUGAACAUAUACAAUCGUUACAUUAUGAAGAUAAACCAGAUUAUGAAUUUUUACAAACUUUAUUUCGUACAUCAAUAGCUCGCCGUGCAUAUAAAGAAUCAGAUUUAUACGAUUGGGAAAAAGAAUCGAAUGGUAUUGAAGACGAAGUUUUAACACAAAAUUCUGCUUUACAACAGCAAGCACAACAGACUCAACAACAACAACAACAAGCUGUCUUAUCGAAUAUUAACAAUAAAGUUUCAAUGGACAUGACGAAAGCUAUUCUAACUGCUCAACCAGGUGGUGCUAGUUCAACAAUGAAUCUUCGUCAACAAGCAACCGAAGCAGAUACAUUUGAUGAACGUUGGAAACUUUCAAAUGGAGGCGGAAGACAAAGCGGUGUUACAUCUGACCACUCACCAUUUUCACCACGUCGUAACAUUCCAAAAAGUCUCGAUAGAAAUGCCCGACGAGCCUAUGCAUCGUCGCCUGUUACACCUGCAACUCCUAAUACACAACAAGCAGCCAAUGCAACUGAUAAAGAUAUUUCAUUGUCGAAAAAACAAUCUAUAUCACAGCAACGUACGCCUCUUACAGCUACGCCGAUUGAUAAUAAUAAUAAUAAUAAUAAUAAUAAAGAAACAUGGAAAACAGUUGUCGGUUCAACAGCACCUGUAUCCGAUUCUUCACAACGCCUACGACGUACCACGACAGGCUCGAAAUCAGCAGCUGCUGAACCUAUAACACCGUCGAAUAAAAUAUCAAAUGGAAAACCUGUAGGUAAAGAAGAUUCCCCAGCAAGUGUAUCUUAUUCAGAUUCUGGUAAACCAAGAACUGGUACCGCUCUAUCAACAUUAAAUCGAUCACAUCAGUUGAAAAGUUCUGAACGCCUUACGGAUCAUCAACAGAUCCAAACCAAUGGUUCAUCACUAUUACCCAAUGCUGAUGAAACAUCUUCACCAGGAGUGAACUCUGUGCCUAAUCCUAUGCAUACAUCUACCGGUGGUACUGAACAUGGUAAACCACCAAAAACACCACGUUCAACUCGAACAGCUAAUAGUCGUAGUGAUGCUAUAGUAGCAGCAAGACAAAUGAUAUCACGUACAGGUGAUAGUGAAGCUAUAUCAAUACCAGCUGCUACUUAUGCAAUAAAAGCUGGGCCUCAAACAGUUAUGUCACAAUGGAUGAUAUCAUUAGAUGAUAAUCUCGACGAUGAAGGUAGUGAUAACCAACAUAGUGCUAAGUGGGAAGAUGCACAAGAAAAGCUUCAAAGUACAACGCAUGAAACAUCUCAAUAUCAUCCAGCACAAGCUCCUCCACCAGCACCAUCAUUAUUACCUGCAAAUAAUAUUGUAUCUUCACCGUCAUCACCACCACCACUUCCAUCAUCAUCAUCAUCAUCACCUCCUGUGAAUAAUCCUCUUUCUCCGUCCGCAAUGAACAGUCAACAAAUGCCAAUAAUAGGUGCCAAUAAUCAUAUUCAACAGACAUCAUUAUCAUCAUCAUUAAACAAUCCUACAGCCUAUACUACUAUUUUGAACAGUAAUAGUUUAGGUUUGGGAACGUCAGCGAAUAAUAAUGUGCUAACAACAAACAUUAUAAAUGGUGGUCGUCAACAACAGUAUCAUCGACCAUUGCUAAGAGGUGCUGAUGAAACUUCAAACGUUGGCGCAAUGAACAGUUAUGAUGGAAAAGAAAAUAAGCAGAAAGAAGUUAUUAUCCGUUCCAAUGAACAACCAUUAUCAGAAACUCUGCCUUUUGAAAACUAUCGGACUACAACUAAUAUAACACCCUUGUCUCGUCCAACAACAACUACAACAACACUAAAUGAUGAUACAAAAAGUUUCUUUUUUCGUCGACAACAUAAUAGAAUAUCUAAUCGAAAUAAUAAUAAUUAUGCCGGUGCUAAUCGCUUGUCAGAUGAUGAAUAUGAACACGAAGAACAAGAUGAUCGUGAAGAUGAAAAUCAUGAGCCCGAAGAUGAUGAACGACGACAACAAUUAAAACGAAAAGAUAAUGGACAAAUACAUUCUCAACCAAGUAUGCAAUCGACUAUGAUGGGUGAUAAUUUUUCUAGAAAUAUUCCUUCAUCGACAUUUAUUGAUACUUCGGUGCGAUCGAGCCCGAAUGCUUCAACAAUAUUGAUGAUGAUGAAAGGAAAUGGAAAUUCAGGGACAGGAGGAAAUAUAGGAGGAAGUCAAUAUCAACCAUCAAGAAAUGGCCAAUCGCCAUAUGAACACCGUACAACGAUUGGAUCUUCAUCUGUUCGACCUACAUCAUCGAGUUCAUCUAGUUCUUCAUCUUCGUUACCCGUUGAUGAACAACAACAACAGCAGCAGCAGCAACAACAACAACAGCAACAACAUAUAAAACCUCGUGGAUAUAAUUUUGUUCCAGCACCGUUUAAUGGAACACGUUUAAUAGCUAAAUCAACUGAACAAUUAAAUCGUUCAUUUGCUAAUGAUAGUCUUGUUAAGUAUUGUACACCAUCGACAACUUCAAAUACAUCUCUAUUGCAAACACCCAUACAAAAUGAUGCUCCAGCAUCAAUUCUAAAAAAGAACUAUCUUCAAAAAUAUAUUCAACCACCGUCGAUACAAAGUUCAAUUCGCAAUGAAGAAGAAUCGAUGCCUAUUGAAAAUAAUGAUGAAUUGAAAAAUGAUCAACAACGCUAUUCCAACGGUAGUCGUAUAUCAUCGUCGGCAUUCGAAAAUCAUCGUGGUGAUGAUUUCUAUAGAAAAUUAAUGUUUUACGAAAAAAAUUCUUCGUCAAAUAAUAAUAAUGGUUAUUAUCAAACAACUAAUUCUCCGCGUCGUUCAUCGUUUCAACAGCAACCAGCAUCAUCAUCAUCAUCAGCGAUUCCGUCCAGCACAAAUAAAACAUUAAGUAAUCUUAUGAAUCGACAAACCCAACAAAUAGCAUCAAGACCAAAUAUUGCCUCAACGACAACACUUAACAAACAAUCAGCAACGACAACUAAUCUAGCUGAUCGUAUGCAACGUAGUAAAUCUUAUAAAGAUUUACUUGAUCCACCAUCAGCUUCAACAACUAAUAACAAUCAUUUAUAUUAUCAACAAUCAUCGACGAAUCGUUCAAGUCAAAAUACAAAUCCGUCCUUAAUAAUAUCACCAAAUACGAACAACAACAACAACAGCAAUAAUAAUAAUAAUAAUAUUUAUCCUUAUUAUUCAUCAUCAUUUUACUAUCAAAAUAAUAAUCCGAAUAGUCCAACUUCAAUUGUCGGCAGUAUGCUUAGUAGUUCAUCGAGUCAUCCAAGUAUUGAACAACAUAAUCAUUUAACUGGGCUUACAGAAUUUCAACGUCGUCAACAACCUUUACAACAUUCAUCGUCGAGUAAUAAUCUGCUUGAUGAUGUAUCUAGUUCAUCAACUGUUAGUCAUUUACCAAAGCCACCGCCUGGCAUACCCAGUCAGAAUGCGAGGCGCCGUCGUUACAAAGUAGAUAAUUUAAACAGUCGACAAAAAGACAAUAAUAGUCGUGAGGGCUCAUUAGAACGUUCACCCAUGACUUGA